ACAUUAGGACCGCGCAGACUCUACGGCUGGAGCGGUAUAUUACUCCAGUAUACAUGCCCUAAACAACGGGGAACGGGGGAUCGACCCGGAGAUUAUCUAACCUACGACUUUUUGCACUUUUGAUCCAAAGGAUCCGGUGUGAAUGGAGUUUACGAAUCCCUUCCUCAACCCAGAGAACGUUUUAUCCACUUGAAUCAUAUCUUCUCUGGCCGCAGAAAGUGUGUGGUUCACUUUUUGGUUUUUCCGUGGAGGAGGACCCUCUGUUGAUCUUGUAUCCCCCUCUCUCUUUGUGCGCCCUCCCGGCUCUCUAUUCGCCAGACGCGGAGCAGAGCCGCAUCACCAUCAUCAUCAGCGCUCGCGCUGCCUCUGUGUCUCUGCGCGUGCAGUCAGGACCCGUGUGCCCUGCUAUCCCACCACCAUGAAUUCGGAUAUUAACAUGUACUUGGGGCGAGAGAAAACGGGGAUCAUGCGAAAGAGAGCCCUGCUACUCAGGAAAGGCUGCAGUUUCGAAAUAACGAGCUCAGCAUCAGAGGAUCUUGGGUGCAGGAGAGGAGAGUUCAGCCGGAAACACUAUGGAUCAGUUGAACUGCUCAUCUCCAGUGAUGCAGACGGGGCCAUACAGAGAGCUGGGAGAUUCAGAGUGGAGAACGGCUCAAUAGAUGAGGCCUCUGACUACACGCCUGGAACAUGGAGAAGAACUGAUGUCCAUUUGGAGAACCCAGAGUACCACACCAGAUGGUACUUCAAGUACUUUCUGGGAAAAGUUCAUCAGAACUAUGUGGGUACAGAUGCAGACAAGAACCCCUUCUUCCUGUCUGUGGUUCUGUCAGACCAGAACAACCAGCGGGUCCCACAGUACCGAGCCAUCCUCUGGCGCAAGUCGGGUACUCUAAAAAUCAGCCUUCCAUACAGUCCAACAAAAACACUAUCAGUCAAAUCUAUAUUAAGUGCCAUGAAUGUGGAUCGUUUCGAAAAGGGCCCGAGGGAGAUCCUUAACCCAGAGAUUCAGAAGGACUUACUGGUGCUGGAGGAGCAAGAGGGCAGUGUAAACUUUAAAUUUGGUGUUCUUUAUGCCAAAGAUGGGCAGUUGACAGAUGAUGAAAUGUUCAGCAACGAAACAGGAAGUGAGACCUUUGACAAAUUUCUGAAUCUCCUUGGCGACACAAUCUGUCUGCAGGGCUGGGCAGGGUAUCGAGGAGGACUAGACACUAAGAAUGACACUACAGGAAUGAAUUCCAUCUACACAGUCUAUCAGGGUCAUGAGCUCAUGUUCCAUGUUUCUACCAUGUUACCUUAUUCUAAAGAGAACAAGCAACAGGUAGAGAGGAAGAGACACAUUGGGAACGACAUCGUGACCAUCGUGUUUCAGGAGGGAGAUGACGCCUCUCCGUCCUUUAAGCCCUCUAUGAUUCGCUCCCAUUUCACACAUAUUUUUGCCUUAGUUCGAUAUAAUAGCCAGAAUGAUAGUUACAGGUUGAAGAUUUUCUCAGAGGAAAGUGUGCCGCUGUUUGGCCCACCCCUCCCUUCCCCUCCAGUGUUCACAGACCACCAGGAGUUCAGGGACUUUCUACUAGUUAAAUUAAUAAAUGGAGAAAAAGCCACUCUUGAGACCCCCACUUUUGCUCAAAAACGUCAGCGUACUCUGGACAUGCUGAUCAGAUCCCUGUACCAGGAUCUCAUGCCUGACAUGCACAAGGUUCCCUUCUCUCCGCAGAACAUGCUAAACCGACGCUCAUUCAGCGAUGUACUGCCAGAGUCGCCCAAAUCGGCCCGUAAAAAAGAGGAGGCACGCCAGGCUGAGUUUGUUCGGGUGGGACAGGCCUUGAAGCUGAAGACUAUAGUUCGAGGGGAUGCGCCCACCAGUCUAGUCACUACUGGUCUUUGCAGGAAAGAGCCAUGGGAGUCACAGUCAUUCUGCAGCAGCUUCCCUUAUGAUAUAGUCUGUGGAGAUUCAUGGGGACAGUCAUUACUGGUCGCCACAGAUUCAGCAGGGGUCAUGCUGCUGGAGGCCUCAGAUCCACUGUUCUCCAAUGCAGAUUCACCAACCCUGCCUCCAGUGCAGGUAUUUGACAAGACCUUGACAGUCAAACAAUUGCACGUGCUUGAACCUCAGGACCUCCUCAUUGCAAGAGCAGAUAAAGGUAAAGAUGCUCGACUGUAUGUUUACAGACUGAGCACACUCAAAAGAGGGAUAGAGGAGCGGCAGCUUGUCCGCACCAAGUAUGACAGUCGGGAGAACAAGCUUGAGAAAACCAAAGGCUGCCAUCUCUAUUCCAUAAACACACAUCAUGGGGUAGAGCUUAGAAUCGUUGCGGCGAUAAGAAAUAAGCUUCUUCUGAUCACCAGGAAACAGUCACGCCUCGAUUGCCUCAGCUCUAUCGCUACAGUCACAGGGACUACUGACUCACCUGUGGAAGAGUUCCAAUACAUACGGGAGAUCUGUUUAUGUGACUCCCCGGUGGUCAUGGCUCUGGUUGACGGCCCAACAGGAGAGAAUGACCACAUGAUCUGUGUGGCCUACAGACAUCAGUUUGACUUGAUCAAUGAGAGCACAGGAGAUGCCUACAGACUACACCAUGUAGACGCCAACCGGGUGAACUUUGUUGCUGCCAUAGAUGUGUAUGAAGAUGGAGAGGCUGGACUUCUUCUUUGCUAUAACAAUAUUUGCGUAUAUAAGAAGGUGUGUCCGUUUAAUGGAGCCACACCUAUGAUUCAGCCCAACUCUUCAGACUUCCAUUUCAGCUGGAACCAAAUGCCCAACGCUAUUGUGUGUGCGUUCCCAUAUAUCCUCGCAUUCACCACUGACUCCAUAGAGAUCCGGCUAGUUGUUAAUGGCAACCUAGUAUAUACAGCUGUCGUUCCAGAAUUGCAACUGACUGCGUCCAGAUCUGAUAUCUAUUUCAUCUCAUCAGCACCUAUAAACUCUGCCUCUAACUGUAGCUCCAGAGACACUAGUUCCCAGAGUUCUCCUCAGACUCCCACCGGCUAUGAGAUGCCUGUCUUCCCUUCACCGCUUGGCGAUGAUUGUAUUCGGAUCCCCUACGGCACCAAGCUAUCCCUCUACAUGUCUAAAGACUCUGAAGGUGAAGCUCCCUCAAAACACAUCUAUAAGAUCCCAUUGAGUAACCUAGUUGGACGGAGCAUAGAGAGGCCCCUCAAGUCUCCAUUGGUCAAUAAAGUGCUAACGGCACCUGCCCCAAGUGUGAUCGGCCCCGCUCCCAUGAUCGCAAGCACAACCUCCCUCUCGCUGUCUCGCAUGGAGAUCAAAGAGAUCGCCAGCCGCACACGGAAAGAACUGCUGGGUUUAACUGAGGAACCCAGCAGUAAAGCAGACGGUAACUCAGUGAAACAGAGAAGAAUGAGCAAGAAGAACAAGGAGGAAGAGCAGAGGAGAACAGCAGAGAUUAGCACCGCUGAACAAGUGGGAAUGGAGUCUGUAGAGGGAGAAACUGACAUCCAGAGGCUUUGCUCAUCUGGCUCUGAGGUGGAGCCACGAGAUGAUAGCCCACCCACGGCCAGCCCUUUUACCUUAUCCACAUCUUUCGAGGAGGAUAUUUUGGACCUUAAGUGAUGACAAUCACAGUCUGUGGAUCUAAAAUGCACCUCUCACCUUACACAUCCUCUUACCUUUUACUUUAUAUCAUUCUUUUUAUCAUGUUACAUUGAAUUUUGUGUUUUCCUCAGUCUGCCCACUCAUUUCUAUGUGCAAAUGAAUCCCCAGAGCUUUAAACUUGAAGGAGUUUACAGUAAGGUGAUGUCAAAAUUCACUCCUAGUGGAUGUGUGCAUGUGUGUGUGUGUGUGUGUGUGUGUGUGUGUGUGUGUGUGUGUGUGUGUGUGUGUGUGAAUGAUCCUGUGUUUACUCUAUAAGAAAGAUAGGAAUAAAACUAGAAAAUCUGAUUAUCGGCGAUCAUUUCAGAAUAUCACUGAAAGAAAAACUGACCAAAAAUGUUGAAAACACCCAAGAAUCUGAGUUAGUCAGUGUUUGAUUUAGUGUCUAUGAUUGACGAGACAUAUUCUCCAUCAGCUUUGGGACAAAUUUGUAGCUUUGUAGCAAACCUGAAGCCAUAUGAACAGAAAUAGAAUAUUUAAAUAAUUUUGGCAUGAAAGGUUUGAGCCAAAAUCUAAGGUCAAGACAAAAUAAUAUCACUUUUCACUCUAAGACCUGAAUGUAAGAUUGACGCUCCUAAAAACAAUGACACAUAUUUUUUAACUCCUUAUUUUGUGUUUUUAAAUGUUUUCUAUGUUUGUGAUUUGUACAUUGUGUGAUUAUUUCAAAGUUGUAAAAAACUCUAUAUGCAUCUCGGACCAGAUGCACAUGAACAUACAAAUGUAAACAUACAUAUAUAUAUAUAUAUAUAUAUAUAUAUAGUAUAUAUAGUAUAUAUACCUUUCUAGUUCUGUUGUAUUAUGGAGAAAUAAAACUCACUUCUUCUGUAUAUCAAUGUUAUGAUCUGACCUGCCUUCACCCUUACCAUGCUUUUAAACCCUGACAUGCAAACCCUUGGCAGAAACGGCAGGAGUCUCCCACAAGUGCCAUUUUCUACUGCACCCGUCAACCACUAGCGCCCUCUAUCAGACUGACCAUGAAUUGCAUAUGUCAUGAGGCAGAAACAAACAAAAAAUCAUUAAAGAACACAAUUUGGUGACUACAGCUGGUAAAUUUACAGCGGUUUAUUAUGCUAACAAUAUAAGCUUCGAUCCAUGAACAUCCGCAUUUACAGGUACACAGUCAAAAGGGCUCUGGAUCACCUGCAUGCCUCCCUUCAAUCCUACUACAAAAUAAAAGGGAUUUGAUGUAUUAAUGUUUUAGAAUUAGGAUGUAUUAUCUUUAUAUUUCUCAUAGAUUUGGUAAAAAUUGAAAAAAAAAAAAAACCUCUAGGAAUUCAAGCCAGGGUCAACAAAACGAGAAAACAAUACAAAAAUCUGAAACAUUAUUUUGUGCUGUCUAAUAAGAGAACAAGAAUAUUGAUUCUGCUGUUUACAGUUCAAACUCAGAAUGUCAUCAAAGUGACACCAGAACACAAGAGCCUCAGGAACAGCAUAAGAAGAGGAGUAAGUAUUAAAGUAUUAAAUUGCUUAGCUGAAUGCAUGCCCCUCACCCCCUCCACCACUCUCAACCUUUCUUCAUCUGAAUGUGAACCACUCAACACUAGUAGCAGUCUGGACUAAAAAGGGAAAACUUUGGAAUAUUUUUGUAAAUGAAAAGUUUUACAUAUUAUUUAUUUGCUAUAUUAGUUGUUCUUCGAGGGGAAUGGGUGAGCCAGAGACUUAAGGAAUAUAUUUUUGUUCUUUUUCUUUUUGGCAUAUUGUCUGUUGUCUCCCUCUGUUCACUCUCCUAACUGUUUUUGCAGUGGUUUUGAAUCUAUAUCAAUAUUAACUGUUUAGACUGUUGCAGAAACUCUGUGAUAUCGGAAAUUAUACAAAAAUGAAUAAAAAAACACCAAGUGUCUUAAAAUAUUGUAUUGCCAUUGUUUUUAAUGCCAAGUACUACUUGUAAAUGUUUGUGUUUCAAAUGUGGCCUCAAAAAUAUUAUUAUUAUAGCAUUUAUUUGAAAAAGUGCUGUAGCCCACUGCUGUAGUUAAUAUUGUUCAUUGAUAUGAAAUAAAUAUUUAUGAAAUUUGA